AUUACUACUAUCACCACAAAUAGGUACAUCUACUUUCUAAAACGACAAAUAGAAAAACUAUAAUCAUCAAAAUAGAAUUAAAACAAGAUUUGAGGGUUCUUUUAGCAAUUUUGGUUUAUUUAACUAUUUCUAUAUAUUGCAGACAGCUGUAAGCUUGUGUCCGUAUGUAUCAUAACGAAGAUUUCGCUUCGAAAACACUUUAAGAAACCUUUCAGUUUGUUCUGUUUUGUUUUUUCAAAUUUGAGCGAAUUGUGUAAUUAUGGGUAAGCAAAAAAUCGCCGGAAAAUUUGGUCUCCCAGACAUCAAGGCGGCAGAGAUGGAAACCUUAGCUAGCUUUUGUGAAGCUAUCUUUCCUCCAGUGGCGCCACCACCGCCAGAAGAACUCUCCGGUGCAGGUGAUACUAAUAAACACCGGAACACCGAGGCUCUUCGGUCGUUUUACUCAACUUCGGGAUCACAAACUCCUGUCCUUCGCCAGAGUAUUGAGCUGCUCACAAAACGAGGGACGAUGGAAGCUUAUCUUGUUACUAGGCUUAUAUUGUUCUUGCUUGCUACUCGGCUUGGGACCUUGCUCAUUUGUGGAACCGAGUGUUUGGUCACGAGAUGGCCUUUUGUUGAGAAGUUCAGUGAGCUGUCAUUGGAGAAGAGGGAAAGAGUAAUUCAGAAACAAUUCAGAAAUUGGAUUUUAACUCCUAUUAGAGCUGGUUUUGUCUACAUCAAAGUUGUCUUUCUCUUCUGUUUCUUCUCUCGGGUGAGUCCAAAAGGUGAAAACCCGGCAUGGGAAGCAAUAGGCUACCACGUGAAUCUUGACGAAAACAAACCAUCUGAAACCUAUAAAGCAAGACCUCUUGAGAAAGGUAUAGUGGAGACUAUGAAUGAAACAGAGCAGACUCUCCUCGAAUCACUAGCUCGAAAAGGCCUUAAAGCUGACCACGAUAUGGACCAGGAUACCAUCAGAAUCAAAUGUGACGCUGUGGUGAUCGGAUCUGGUUCAGGAGGAGGCGUGGCUGCUUCAGUUUUAGCAAAAUCUGGUUUGAAAGUGGUUGUUCUUGAAAAAGGAAGCUACUAUACGCCGUCGGAUUAUCGUCCUUACGAAGGUCCUGGCAUGGACAAACUAUAUGAAAAUGGAGGGAUUCUCCCAACUGUUGAUGGGAACCUUAUGGUUUUGGCUGGAGCUACGGUAGGCGGUGGAUCUGCUGUGAACUGGUCUGCGUGUAUCAAAACGCCGAAGUCGGUUCUUCAAGAAUGGUCAGAGGAUCAAAAGAUACAUUUUUACGGUACUAAAGACUAUGUUUCGGCUAUGAACGUCGUGUGGAAAAGGAUGGGUGUCACGGAGAAAUGUGAAAUGGAGAGUUUUCAGAAUCAGAUUUUGAGAAAAGGUUGUGAAAAUAUUGGGGUUCAUGUCGAAAACGUGGCGCGUAACUCCUCAGAAGGUCAUUAUUGCGGAUCUUGUGGGUAUGGAUGUAGACAAGGAGACAAGAAAGGAAGCGACCAGACCUGGCUUGUAGACGCAGUGAGUCACGGCGCUGUGGUUCUAACGGGAUGUAAAGCGGAGAGACUCAUACUCGAAAAGAAGGGUAGUAACGUAGGAGGCAAGCAAAUGAAAUGUUUGGGAGUGAUGGCGAAGUCUUUAAACGGAAACAUAGCAAAGAAGCUAAAGAUCGAAGCUAAAGUUACGGUUUCAGCAGGGGGUUCUCUUUUAACACCUCCUCUGAUGAUCUCGAGCGGGUUGAGAAACCGAAACAUCGGUAAAAACCUUCACCUACACCCUACUUUAAUGUCGUGGGGUUACUUCCCGGAGAAGGAAUCUUCUAGUCUCAGUUUCAAGGGCAAGUCCUACGAAGGUGGGAUCAUAACAUCAGUAAGCAAAGUGUUAUCAGAAGAUUCAGAAGUUAGAGCCAUCAUAGAGACAGCGUCGUUAGGACCAGGUUCAUUCUCGGUGCUAUUUCCUUGGACCUCAGGGCUUGACCUGAAGACGAGAAUGUCUAGAUACUCAAGAACCGCGAGUCUCAUAACGAUAGUUAGAGAUCGUGGAUCAGGAGAAGUGAAAACCGAAGGAAGGAUAAGCUACGUCGUGGACAAAACCGAUAAAGAAAAUAUCAAAGCCGGGCUUAGACAGUCGUUGAGGAUACUAAUUGCAGCUGGAGCAGAGGAAGUGGGAACUCAUAGAAGCGACGGGCAGAUACUAAAAUGCAAAGGUGUUGAUGAGAAAUCGAUCGAAGAGUUCUUGGACUCGGUGAGUUCAGAGGAAGGGCCAAAGGGGAUGACUGAGAAAUGGAACAUUUAUUGCUCAGCUCAUCAGAUGGGAAGCUGUAGGAUCGGAGAAAAUGAAAAAGAAGGUGCAAUAGAUGUGAAUGGAGAGAGUUGGGAAGCUGAGAAGUUGUUUGUGUGCGAUGCAAGUGCGUUGCCUAGUGCUGUUGGUGUUAAUCCUAUGAUCACAGUCAUGUCUACGGCUUAUUGUAUCUCCACACGGAUCGCUAAGUCUAUGACCACUGGCAUAUCUCAUUAAAGCUAAGUGGUUUCUAUAUCCUUGCAUAAAAUUUCGUAUUUAUCUUAGAUGUAAAGUUAUUCCUAUUAAUCAAAAGUCAAAUUAUGUGUGACGAAUAUGAUAAUUAACAGUUAAAGACU